GGGGGGGGGCGGGUGGGGGUGGGCCGGUCCUCGAAUGACGGCGCAGGUGGACUACGUGGUGGUGCUGUGCGCCGCCACAUCUGGGGCCAGCGGGGAGCUGCUGGGCUCCGACGAGAAGGAGCUAGCCAGGCUGCUGUGGCAGCAGGUGGACGUCAACAACAACAAGUUGGGCAAGGUGAACGAGCUGGUGAUUAAACCGGAAGUGUCAGACGUGGCUGAUGAAAAAAAGGAGGAGGACGCGGCGGAGGACCUCGUUGAAGAAGAAAAUGCAUCCGGAGCAGAUUGUGUCUUUACAGCAAAGAGCCUGGAGGCUGCUCUAAAUAUGUUCCACCUCCAGCUGACGAACGAGGUGAACAGCGCAGGUGCGGGCACGUCAGCGUGUUUAUGUACCGACGGGCAGCUCCCCAUCCGUCAAGUGAUUCACCCCGAGGCCGCUAGCAAGAGCAUCCUGGUCCCAGACUGUUUCUACUCCUUCUUUGACCUUCGUAAAGAGUUCAGGACGUACUUCCCCUCUGACCUCAGUUCUUUGGAUGUAUACGCCAUGGUGGAGUCUUUAAGCAUACCGGUAGAGGCGCCUGCUAUCUGCGACUCCCUGGGUGCGCCGGAUCCGUUGGCCACGUUGCCUCCAGAAGUAGCAGUGCGGCAGGUCCAGAUGAUGGCCAAAAUCGUGCUUUGCCUGCUUUCUGAGCCAUUACGUCACACAUUCUCUGAGCCGGAAAGAGUUAACGAGAAGUUUGAGACGGGUACUUGUAGUAAAAUGGAGAAAGUGAGUGACGGCACGGUGAUCCGAGCCAGAGGGUUGCCAUGGCAGUCGUCAGACCAGGACAUUGCCCGUUUUUUCAGCGGACUAAAUAUUGCCAAAGGAGGGGCUGCGCUGUGCCUCAACGCUCAGGGGAGGAGGAACGGCGAGGCCCUCGUUCGUUUUGUCAGCGAAGAGCAUCGAGACCUGGCGCUGCAAAGACACAAACACCAUAUGGGCAACAGAUACAUAGAGGUUUACAAGGCAACCGGAGAAGACUUCCUGAAGAUAGCAGGAGGUACAUCCAACGAAGUAGCCAUAUUCCUGUCUCGUGAGGACCAGAUCAUAGUGAGGAUGCGAGGUCUCCCUUUCACGGCUACGCACGAGCAGGUGCUCGCCUUCUUCUCGCCGGGGGACGCACUCAAAGACGCGUGUCCGGUCAGCGGCGGGCGGGACGGCAUCCUGUUUGUGCGCUACCCGGACGGUCGACCCACCGGCGACGCCUUUGUACUAUUCGCCUGCGACGAACAUGCCCAGUGUGCGCUCAGGAAACACAAGGAGAUCCUGGGGAGAAGAUAUAUCGAAUUAUUCAAGAGCACGGCAGCGGAGGUCCAGCAGGUGUUGAACCGCUACUCGUCUGCCCCCCUGAUCCCCGUGGCCCCCGCCCCCUUGCUGUCAGUGUUGCCCGCGGUGUCACUCCUGCCCCCUCCCAUCCUUGUGAGGGACUGCCUGAGGCUGCGGGGCUUGCCCUACUCGGCGAGCAUAGAGGACAUCCUCAACUUCCUGGGCGAGUUCACCCACAACAUCCGACCGCACGGCGUGCACAUGGUCCUCAACCAGCAGGGUCGUCCGUCAGGCGACUGCUUUAUCCAGAUGUCGUCGGCAGAGCGAGCACUUUUGGCCUCCCAGCAGCUCCACAAACACGUGAUGUCCUGCCAGCACGGGCCCAACAGCCGCUACGUGGAGGUGUUCCCCUGCAGCGCCGAGGAGAUGGGCCUGGUGCUGAUGGGAGGCUCGCUCUCGCACUCGCACACGCACACACACAGCCGCAACAGGAGUGGGACAGGGCUCAGCCCGCCGCCAUGUAAGUCCAGACGUUUAUCUCCGCCGUCCUACUCCUUCACCCCCACCCCGCCUGUUCUGCCUACCGAGGGCGCCGCCGGCCUCUACCCCCCGCUUGGUCAGGUGUUGCUAGCUCCUCGCCCCCUACCCCCGGGGCAUGCCUACUACCCGUCCUCGGCGCAGCUGUACAUGAACUACGCAGCCUACUAUCCCAGCCCACCUGGCUCUCCCACGACUGUGGGUUUCUUCCCCUCCCCGUCUGCCCUGUCCUCCCCCGGGGGGUUGAUGCGCAUGCCGGGUCUGACCUACAACAGCAAAGACCUCAUUAACGCAAUGCAGGGCUAUCAGACCGCAGUGGAGCCGGUCUCCGUCCUGAGCAGCAGCCUGAUUGGCCAAGCGGGCGGCGGCGAGCCUCCCGUCGUGUCCCUCCCCGCCCUCGUGAGCAAGCCCGCCGGACACUACCUGGACCUGAGCCUGCUCUGAGAGUCACACGCACGUAUUGUUAGGUUGUUGUUGUUGUUGUUUUAUAACUAGUCUUAUUUAUAUCUUCAAGAACAGCCACUAUUAUAUUUUAUAACGUGUACGGCUUUAGCCAAAAGCAGUUUGUCUUUUAUUGCACAGUGUGUAUCUCUUAAAAAGCUUUGUAGAAAUUGUUUUUAAUGUUGCAUCAUUUGAAUAAUCACUCUUGUAUAUCUGAUUGCCAAAGUAGUAAAGAAUGACUUUUUAGCAAGAGAGCUCAGCGUUUCAAGCUUCUCUGUGAAGAGAGAAAAGUGUGUGUGAGUUUGUUGAAUGAGAGUAAUGCGUGCGUUGUAAUUUUUGGCAUGGCAGCAUUAGGGCCACACUGAGAGGGUUGGGGGGGAUAAUAAUAAUAAUAAUAAUGAAAAAAAUAAAAAAAAUUAGGGCAAAUAAAGUAUUAUGAGGGAAAAAAAGGAAUUGUUUGAAAGUCAAUAUUACAGGAAAGGUUGGAUUUAAAAAUCCUAAUAUCACGAGAAUAACAUUGUAACAUCUUGAAAAAGUUUAUAUAUAUAUAUAUAUAUAUAAUUUUUUUUUUCUUUUUUCUUUUUUGCGUGGCGAAACGUCUGCCAUGUUUUAGAGUCAUUUAAGAAUAUUUUAAUAUUUGUAAUACUCUAAAAUAGUAUUAUUAGAUGACAGUGGUAAUGAGAAAAACUAAUUCGGGAAAAAGGUUGGCAACCUUAAAAGAGAGAAAAAGGUUUAACUAAAGUUGUAAUACCAAGUGAAAAAAGUCAUAUUUUUCAGAAAUUUGAAAUACCGACUAUUAUUUGCAUAGUCUGACUUUUUGGGAAACAAAUUAAUCUUACAAGAAAAAGUCCUGGGUUUUUUUUAUUGGAAAACUCCUAAGAAUAAAUUGGAAUAUUCUGAGAAUUUUCAGUUUUUUUUUUUUUUUUAAAUUAUUAUUCUUUUGGGGGAAGUUUAUGAUUAGGUCGUUAUAUUAAAACAAAUCUAAAACGUCUUAAUGCUAAAAGUCUUUUUUUUCACCUUAAAGGUCUAAUUGUUACAAGAAUAAAUUUGCCAUUUUUAAAAGAAUAAUAUUAAGAGACAAAGUUGCAAUCUUAAGAGAAUGUCGGAAUAGUCGGAGAAUAUUUUUCAACGAUGUGGGUGCAGGAAUGUUUUGAGAGCAAAGUCUUAAUGGGAUUGUUUUUUUCUUAAUGAUAUGAGUAACGUCAUAUUUUUUUUUUUAAAUUUUAGGUUAAACUAUUACAAGAACAAAACUGCCGUUUCCGUCAAAUUUCCCACCCGCACCUGAAUGCGACAGUCUGAGACCAACCGUACAUAACAUGUAAUAUUCUUGAAAAACAUUUCUCUCAAUAGUACUACUUUGUCUUCAAAUGAUUGUUUCCUUUUCAGUGUGGCGCUAACACUCCUUAUUGUUCAUAUUUUCGUAGCAGAUCAGUUUGUGUAAUCCACGUGAUGUUUUUCAAUCCACCUCCAGUACACACCGAUUGUAUUGGGAGCGUUCGUGCAUGAAGAAGUUUAGCGGUUAAAGCUUCCGAUGUUUACACAGCCGCCCGUACCGACGCACUGCUAAUCGACGCUCGCCUCAUGACGGUUUGUUUGAAUGCUGGUUCGUGUUACGCUGCGAGUCGCUCAUCCAGCUUGGCUUCCAUUUCAGCUCCUGACUACUAAAGAGGGCUAACUCCAUUUGGAUCAUUUUGCAGUUUUACAUGUUAUGGCCGCCGCCCGACGACAAGCGGUCUAAGUCCAAACAGCCGUCAGAUUGAUCCAUUAUUCCUGAAUGAUGAGAAAUGACAUUCACGUACAGUACAGCGUGCUGUCUCGGAGAUGUGUACCUCAAAUCGGGUUUCCCAAUUAAGAUGAAUGGAAAUACCAUUAAUCCGCCUCGGUGAGAGGUUAAAAAAAAAAAAAAAAAAAAAAAAAAAAGUUUUGUGGAUUCUAAUAAAAGGAAACGCUAUACUAUUUUAUUUUAUAAAACAAUCAUAACAUAAUUGAUUAAGCUGUAAACAGUUUGUGCAACAUGAGAAGUCAAUGGUGCAAUGCUGCAAUAAUAUAGUUGUAAUAUGUCAUUUUUUGCAGAGGAUAAACAACAUAUGCUUGUGAGUAUUGUUGCAUGCGAUCUUGUCUGCAUGUAUUGUUAUCGCUUGUGUUGAAAUAUGUUGCUUAAAGGUUGAUCAUUACUGCAACAUGCAUACUAGCGUUAUUAGCCUGACUGUGGUGUUUUGCAUUGUGUGUUAGCAUUAAGCUAGUGGAAUUUUGUAUGACAGACUUAGUUAACUGUAAUUGUUUUAUGUUCAGUUUUCCAGCCUACUUCACGUGGGAGUGGCAAUAAACGGCUCGAAGUAAA